GUUAGAUAAAAUGUGGUGGAUGGGAGUAAAUCGGGUGUAGCCCAAAGCCAAACAGCAUCCCCAUCAUGGAGACCGUGGAAGCUUAGGUGGGAGGGCUUUCCAUCUCUCUUGGACCGGCUGGUGGAGUAGUACUCUCUCUCUCUCUCACUCUCUCGUAUCUUCACAUUCUCAUCAGCUUUGCUCCCUGUCACUAAUUUUGACUUUCCCGGCGUUUCUCGGGAAAAAGAAGAGAGAGAAAGAGGAAGCUCGGGGAAAUUUGCAGAAUGAGGGAAAUGCCUCUGGGCUUAGAUUCCUUGACGCGGUUUAUUGCGCUCGCGUCCAGCUGGUGGGACAAGAUCAAUGAUUCUGCUACCUGGCAGGACGGGAUCUUCUACGCUCUCUGUGGUGCUUAUGCCCUAGUUUCUUCAGUUGCUCUGAUUCAACUGAUAAGGAUUGAACUGAGAGUGCCAGAGUAUGGUUGGACGACGCAGAAGGUUUUCCAUCUUAUGAACUUCAUCGUCAAUGGAGUGCGGGCAAUCGUGUUUGGGUUUCACAAGCAAGUCUUUGUUUUGCAUCCCAAGGUACUGAUUUUGGUAUUGUUGGAUCUUCCUGGACUUCUGUUUUUCUCUACAUACACACUUCUUGUGCUAUUUUGGGCAGAGAUAUAUCACCAGGCAAGAAGUUUACCAACAGACAAGCUCCGGAUUUUUUAUAUUUCAAUUAAUGCGGCAAUAUACUUUAUACAGGUUUGUAUCUGGAUAUACCUCUGGAUAGAUGACAACAGCGUUGUGGAAUUCAUUGGAAGUAUAUUUAUGGCAGUGAUAUCUUUUAUAGCUGCGCUAGGUUUCUUGCUGUAUGGAGGAAGAUUAUUUUUCAUGCUGAGACGCUUCCCAAUUGAGUCCAAAGGAAGAAGAAAAAAGCUUCAUGAGGUUGGAUCUGUUACUGCCAUAUGUUUCACCUGCUUUCUUAUAAGAUGCUUUGUGGUUGUUUUAUCUGCAUUUGAUUCAGAUGCAUCACUUGAUGUCUUGAGCCAUCCGAUCUUGAACUUGAUCUACUACAUGCUGGUUGAGAUCCUACCAUCGGCUCUUGUGCUCUACAUCCUGCGGAAGCUGCCUCCCAAGAGAAUAUCAGCCCAAUAUCACCCCAUCCGUUAGAGCAGUGCAUCUUCAUCCCAACAUUGUUAUUCUUUUCGCCCUAGAAGUGUCGGUUUUUCAUGGUCCCAGAGUUAGUUGCUACUGGAGUUGAGAGAGAACCAAGAGCCAGAAAAAACAAUCCAGAUGUAUUAUUCUGGUACGGCUCACAACGUCGGAAAUUCUUUUUGGCAUGUACAUUAUACAUUGUUCUUUGCAGUUUGAUCUGGGAGAUGAUUUGAAUUGAUUCCAUCAUGGGUGAUUAAUCCACCAUGUAAUCCUUGGCAUGCGGUUUCAUUUGGUCAAGAACACGUUAGAAAGGAAAUUUUCCUGUAAUUCAAUUGUGGUAGGCGUCGGUUGAUGUUUGUUUGUAGGGUUCGACAUCAUGUUGUGUGCUUAAGGUGGUCUCAUAUAUAAAUGUAUUUAUUUAUUUUUGCUGGUAUCCGUGUUACAUAUUCAGUAUAAAUGGCAAUCUUGGGAUUACCCAGUUUUGUUUUCGGUAUUAUUUUUCUUCAUAGAAUUAGUGAUUGGUCAGCGGCUACCAACUCAGAAACAAAUUAGAAAAGGAACAAAAGAAUAGAAGCCAUCCUAUAUACCAAACUAGAAACCUGCCAGUCAAAAGGGAAUUGAAUUACAAAACUCAUCUCCAAACCCACACCUAGAAUAGCAUCAUCACAUAUAAGUUAACCCGUUAUGUAGUCGACCACAUAACGACUUCAUAAUGACCAUGAUUGCUAUGCUGUUGAGAGUAUAUACUUUCAUAAGAAAAAAAAAGGGUAAAGUCACGCAGAGUUUGGCCCUCCAGCUGUUUUCAGAGGUAGAGCAAUAUAGGGAAAAGCCCAAGCCCAUCCCCAUGGUCUUAAAGUUUUCUGGAGGUACUGAUUAGUCUUGGUGAGCUCCCUCUGCAAGUGGGGGCGCGAAUCUCAUGUUUGGAUUCCGCGGAACGACGAUGGCCUCAUCUGCAAACAUUGCUUUAAUGAACUGUGGAGUUCUUAGGGGCCGACGACCUGUCAUUCGCGGAUACACAUCUUCAAGAAAAUAGUAGGCAUGACCAGCAAUCAUACCC